UGAAUUAUUUCAAUUAUGCAAUAUCAUCAAAUGAUUACCAUGAUCACCAUCAUCAUAUGGAUUCUCAUCAUUGCUGAUGAAACAUUGUCUGUUCACCAUUUUCAUGAUGAUAAUCAUCAAAAUGAUCGUUAUAUAAUUGAAUCACAAUCAUCAUUGAUUUCAAAUACAAAUGAAAUCAGUAUUUAUAUGCCAUCAUGGUCAUCAUCAUUAAUAUCACCGAAAAUUGUUCUAUUAUCACAUCAAAUGAUUGGCGAUACAAUCGAUAUCCAAGCUGGUAGUACAAUACAUUUACGUUGUAAUGGACAGAAAAAAAUUUAUUGGACAUUUCCAAAUAAUAGACUUGAAAUAUUUGAAAAAUCAGCAAAUGUCAGUAUAAUCAAUAGCUGUGAUUAUGAUGAUGGCCGUGAUGAUGAUCAUGAAGAAAUGACUAAAGCAGGCGACAACAAAUCCAAUAGUGAUCAUAUGGAUUUUAUUGGAUGGACCAAUAAAUGUCAAAGUGAUGUUAUUAUCUAUGAUGCUCAAUAUUAUAUGACUGGUUAUUAUUCAUGUCAUUAUAAUGAUAAUGUUCAGAAUCAACAACAACAACAACAACAAUCUGAAUCAACUGAAAUACACAAUAUGCCUAUAGCAGCAAUGGCUACAACAUCAAUUUAUCCAUCAAAUGAUAAUUCAAUGGAUUCAAUAUUUAUAUUUAUAAAUGAUCCUGAACAUUUAAUUGUACCAUAUGAAAAUGUUGAACAAUACAUGUUUUUAGCAUUGUUUCAAUCACAUCCGGCAACGAUACCAUGCCGUCCAACAUAUUCAAAUGCCAAUGUUACACUUUGGAAAGAAAAUGAUUAUCAACAAAUACAGAUCCAUCCGAAUGCAUCAUUAGGCAUAACAUAUGAUCCACGUAAAGGUUUCCAUUUUGAUUAUCCACGUUGGGACAGUAGUGUAUUGGAAUGUCAUUAUCAUAUAAAUACAAGUGAUGGUCAAAAAUAUGAAGCCAAAUCCACUAUAAGUCUUCAUUGGUCAAUUCUACCAAUCGAAUUACAUCCAAUUAUUGAUGAUACACAAGCUCGUCAUAUUUUCAUCAACGAUACGUUUACAUUACGAUGUUUUGUUCAUAUUGAUAUCGGUGUUAUUAUUGUUGUUGAUUGGGAUCAUCCAAAUAAUAAUCAUCAACAACGGCAUUCGGAAAGAAUAUUUAAAUCAGCAGCCGAAACAACCAGACAAUUAGUUAAUAAUAAUAGUUAUGAUACGGUGGCGAUUAAUAUAACAAUAGUGAAUGCAACAAAAGAAGAUGAAGGUCUUUAUCGUUGUAAUGCUACCGAUGGUAAUGGCCGAACAUUUUCGGCCACCAAACGUAUUGUUAUAUUUGAUGAACAUCUUGUAUCAUCGAUAAAUUUUACAACCGAUUUUCAUACACCAAUCAUUGGUGAAUAUGGUCAUGAUAUUCAGUUUACCAUUAAUGCACAGGCAUUUCCUGACAUAAGUUUUAUUGAUCUUUCUUGGUAUAAAGAUGGUAAUGAAUUAUCAUCAAUAAAUACGAAUAAUUCACAUAUACAGAUGAAUUUAAUGAAUUUAUUCAAUGAUAAUCAAACACAAAUCACUUUAUAUAUGAUUUCGGCUCGUCCAUCUGAUAGUGGUUUAUAUACACUUGUUGGCCAAACAUCAUGGUCAUCACAACAACAACGACGAAAUGAAUCAAUGACAAAUAUUUCCAUUCCUGUUUAUAUUCAAGGCGAUAUAGAAAUUUUAAUUGAAAAUCAUCAAGAUUUUUACCGGUUAAAUCAUUCAUAUGAAUUAUUAUGUAAAAGUUAUGGCUAUCCAAGUCCAUCAAUACAAUGGCAAUGGCAUCCAUGUGAAACGGUUUAUUCUUGUUUGAAUGAUGAUGGUGAUGAUGAUGAUCAAAUAACGAAAAUUACAUGGUUUAAUAUUACAACCUCAUCAUCAACAACAAUCAAUGAUAACGAUGCUAGAAUUAUUGAAAUCGACGAUGGAAAUGAAACUACUAAAGUUUCAUACCUAAAUAUGGCUCGAUUAUCAUUGAAAGCUCGACAAUCUGGUGUUUAUCGAUGUUUCUCUUCGUUGCGCCACAUGAAUGAUACAAUCAUGAAACAUCAGGAAAUUCCAUUCAUCGUAAUGGAUGCUGAAGAUUUAUUUGAAAUCCGACCAUCAACAGAUGAACCAACCGUUAAUGAUACAAUAAUACUAACAUGUAAAGCUAGUGUUUAUCGGUAUUCACAAUUAUGGUGGGUCAAUACUCGAUUAGAUACUGAUAUUAUCAAUCCGAUUAACGUGAAUACAAUGUUGGAACAGAAAAAUCAAUCCACAUCCGAUCCAUUGAUUGAAUCAAUGAAUUUAUCCAAUGAUCAAAAUGAAUAUUCCCUUAGUUCAACAUUAACAUUAUCAUCUGUUACAUUGAAUCAUAGUUCAUUAUUUACAUGUGAAGCUGUUCUUCUGUUUGAUGCACUCAAAACGGAACGAAAAGAAUUCUUUUUGAAUGUUAAAGAAAUUACACCGCCAAUAAUUAUUGAAACGAAUAUGAAUGAAUCGAUUAUUGAAGCGGAAUAUAAUUCACAAACAGAAUUACGUUGUUACAUUGAAGGAAGGCCACGACCACAGCUUGAAUGGUAUCGAAAUGAUCAACCACUUCUAAUGGAUCAUCAUGAUUCAGGUGUAAGAUUGUAUGAUAAAGGUCAACGUAUUGUUUUCACAAGAUUAUUGGCAAAAGAUUCAGGCCUUUAUGUUUGUCGUGGUAGAAAUCGUGGUGGUGAAGUUACCUGUGCUGUUUUACUAAAAGUAAUCGGUAAUAUGGAUCAAACAUCAAUAGAUCUUUUACCCAUUGUUGUUUAUUCAAUAAUGGGUGCCAUCACAAUUAUAAUGGCCUGUUUGAUUGGUAAACGUAUUCGUGAUGAAAAACUACAACGACGUGAAUUGGAAUUUUUUUCAAAAACGCUAUUCGAACAAGGACAGAUGCAAUUAUUCAAUCCAGAUAUGCCAUUAGAUGAACAGAUUGAUCUAUUGCCAUAUGAUUCUCGUUUUGAAUUUCCUAAAGAACGACUUAUAUUGGGCCGAACAUUAGGUCAAGGUGCAUUUGGCCGAGUGGUGAAAGCACAGGCAAUUGGCCUAGAUGAAUCGGAUGAAUCAGAAUCAACAACUGUGGCUGUAAAAAUGCUUAAAGAACGUGCCGAUUCUAAUCAACGUAAAGCAUUGAUGGCAGAAUUAAAAAUACUGAUACAUUUGGGUAGACAUUUGAAUAUUGUCAAUCUAUUGGGUGCUGUAACAAAAAACCUGGUCAAAGGAGAAUUAUUGGUCAUUGUUGAGUAUUGUCAAUUUGGCAAUCUAAGACAUUAUCUUAUUGCUAAUCGUGAUAAUUUCAUCAAUCAAUUAAAUCCAUUGACUGGGAAGGUGGAUCGAUCGAUUAUUCGUAUAAAUAAUAAUGGCAUUCAACAGUCUGUUUUAUAUCAAAAUGUUGAUAUUCUAACACCACAUACACCAGAUUCACCAAGUAAUAAGGAACGUUUUGAUUAUUUUAUUGCCAAUAAUGGUAAUGGUUCUGCGGCUAUGGCUGGUAUUAGUUAUGUUGAUCUAUUAAAUCGACAAAUGGCAAACACUAGUAGUAGUAAUGGUGGUGUUGAUUAUAUCAAUACAGCAAUAACGAAUCCAAUCAUUACCACCACCAAUAUUAAUGGCAUUGUUAAUGUAUCGAGUACAGGUGUUGCAUAUUAUAAUAAUAAUUAUGGUAGUCCCGGUAUUUGUAAUAAAAAUUUCAGCGUUGUUGGAAAUGGUCAAUCUAAACGUCCGUCAUCAUCAUCAUCAUCGAAUCGUUUUCAACGACAAUGGUCAUCAAUAUCACAACGACGACAAGGUCGUACAGUCACUACAUCCGAUUUGAUUUGUUGGGCAUUUCAAUGUUCCAGAGGUAUGGAUUAUCUUACUAUGCGAAAGCUGAUACAUCGAGAUUUAGCUGCACGUAAUGUAUUGUUAGCAAGUAAUAAUGUAGUGAAAAUUUGUGAUUUUGGCCUCGCAAAAGAUGUUUAUAAAUAUGAUAAUUAUAUCAAAAAAGAUGAUGGUCCAUUACCGAUUAAAUGGAUGGCUAUUGAAUCGAUAAGUGAUAAAAUUUUCACAUCUAAAAGUGAUGUAUGGUCAUAUGGAAUAUUAUUAUGGGAAUUGUUUACAUUGGGCAAAACACCAUAUCCUGGAGUGGAGAUUGAUGAAGAAUUUUAUAAACGAUUAAAAAAUGGUUAUCGUAUGGAAAAACCGGAUUAUGCAAGUGAAGAAAUUUAUGAAUUAAUGUUACAAUGUUGGAAUGCUAAUCCAAAUGAUCGGCCAGAUUUUGCCGAUAUAGCCGAUUUGGUUGGUGAAAUGUUGGAUGAUAAAACGAAAAAGCAUUAUAUCGAAUUAAACAAUCCAUAUCUUGAGAUGAAUGAACAGAUAUUGGGAACAAGUGAUUAUCUUAAAAUGUCAUCAAAUAAUAGUAAUGGUAAUGGUGUUGGUUGUGAACAAUCGAUAAUCGUCAAUAAUGAAGAUAAUCCAAUCACAACAAUAACAACAACAAUGAUUGAUGAAUGUGAAUAUGAAACAAAUAUUUCACAAUUAAUAAUGGAUAAUAAUCGUAAUCAUCAACAUCAACACAAUCAACAACAUUCAGGAUCGAAUGAAAAAACAUCGAUUAUAAUGGCCAAUCAGAAUUCCAAUAAUAAUGUUGUUAUUGAGGACAAUAAUAAGCCAUCAUCAUCAUCAUCAUCAUCAAUCAUAAAAAUGAAUAAUAACAACAACAACAACAAUGAUGAUGAUGAUGUUGGUUGUGAUGACGAUGGUGACAAUAUAAUCGAAAUGUCCAUUUUAGAACGUUCAUUAACAGAAACAUCAUCAAAUCAUCAUGAUGAUAUAAUGAUGAUGAAUAUUACUGCAAAACAUAAUGGCCAUCACCAUCAUCAUCAUUUUAAUAAUAAAGAUGUUCGGAUGACAACAACAACAACAACAACAACAACAACGAAGAAUUUGAUCUAUGAUAAUCUGACUACUGUUUAAAUUAAUCCAUUUAUGAAUAUUUAUUGAUAUUUCUAGUCUUUUUCUUUUCUUAUUCAUCAAUCCUUUUCACAUUUGUAUAUAGUAAUAAUAUUCUCGUGUUAUCAUAAAUAAAGAAUGAAAAAUAAAUUAGAAAAAAAAAUCUGAAAAUAAUUGUCAUAUUGCUCACCAGUGGGCGCGAUUGAAAUGGAAUUAGGUGUUGGGUUUGUGUUUUUGCUGUUGAUGAAAAAAAAAUUAUGUGAAAAAAAAGAUUACAUUAUUUGCUGGUUCAAAGGUUACGAAUCGAAUCAAUCGAUCGAUCGAACGAAUGAAUGAAUGAAUUUGUAUUGUAUUUUGAUUUGA